AUGAAGAGAGCAAUGUCAAUUCUUUGUGGGCUCUUCGUGGUUCUCCUGGGCACUUUGGCAGCACCUCUGGACGAGCCAGUCACGAACAUCUGCGCGUGGGUGGGCGCGAUUCCGGAGUUGUACACCGAAUACGGUACCGACGUCUGCCCUCCAAAGUAUCAUCUCGAAGAAGAUGGCAAGGCCUGCAGUGACUAUCGAAACUAUGAAAAUGACUGCGGUGCUUACUGUCAAUUGCGCACCAACUUCAGAUACGGUCCUGAGCAACCUUUCCUUCGCGUUCCCCUUUGCCGUGGCCCCCGCGAUUGCAAGAUCGAAUAUGGCAUUUCCCAGACAUAUGCUUACAAGGCUGGGGCAAACACUGUUCUCAAAUCCCGCCCAUUGAUUGCUGGCAUCGCAGGAGGUUACAAUCAAGAAUAUUCCAAGGGCAUCUCCAAUGAACUGUCAACAAAGCUUGAGCAAGGGGAAUGUGGCUACUUUUCAUUUGUGGGCAUUCUGCGCGACACUUGUGGUACCUAUACGGAGGUGAGCACAGGCCUUACAUCCUGCGGUUCCAUGCCUCCUUCAACAGUCGAAAACGCUUGCGUGCAACAAGUCGCGAGAUUCAAAGCUAGUGAUGGGCAUCCAGACGAGGAUGUGACUCGUGGCAUAGUCAUUUUCGUGCGCACCGAUUGUGAUCUCAUGGACCCUCUCCCAGACGACAAGCAAAGUCCUGUCUACCGAGAGCCUGAUGUCAAGUUAGAUCGUGGAGCCAUCCAGCAAGGCUACGCGGACUGGAUGCAAAAAGACAUAAGCGCCUUUACAGCAGGAUCCACCACUUGCACAUCAGACAAGAAAGCUACCAGAGGUGACUGCUUGAAUGCCAUUGGCCAAAUGCUAGAUGCCCCUUUGUCAGAGAUUCCAGACGGCAAGAAGGGAGAUCACGUCGACAUCACUUCUUACGGCAAUUGCAAGAUCUCGUACGAGUAUGUCGAUGACAUCAAAGACUCUUGUGGAGUCGAUACCAUCAGCUGGGUUGAGCUUGCUGCUGCCGCGCAGGGUAUUUACAACAAUUGCCCUGACGGAAAGGGUCAUGUGGGAGGCAAGCAUAGAGUUGGGACCAAGUGCAAGGGGACGCUCGUUAUCAUGGUCAAAUGA